UCCAACAUGGCGAUGUUGUUUCUGGCUAUGACCGGCUAUCUGCUCCUCUCAGAGGUACGAUCAGAGGAGUACUGCUUCUACAGCUAUACAGACCAGGCCAGUAAUAAAUUGGAGGGAACAAUAUUCUGUACGACAGAUUGCUGUGGAACACUACAGGACAGAUCGUGCUGUGCCUCUAUAACUGCGACUGUUGUCGGUAUAAUAAUAUGUGGGACUACAUUGAUGAUAUCAAUCUCUGUUAUCAUCAUAUGCUGUUGUUAUAAAUCUACGAAAACUACAAUACGACGGAUCACCCUCCCGUCCGAGUUCGAGAGCAGUUUAGAAUGUGUGUCAAGAACAGAGAGCGAAGUAUCGCCGUCCGCGGGACAUCCUCACUCCAAUGACUACUACCCCCCUAUACAAGAGGAUGACGAGAGCAUUCCUAGUUACGACCCACCACCGUAUUGUCUACACGAAGACAAAGAACGGGAAGAGUCUACGUAGUCACAAUCAAUAUCAUUAUACCUCAUAUAUAACAGCUUAUCUGAUUGGAUUUGUUAUAUCUCAUUUCGGAGAAAUAUUACUUCGUGUUGGUAUUACGCGCUCGAUUUUUCCCUCAUUCGGGUUCUCUCUAAACACGUAAGAGACAUCACAUCUGAGUUCCGGGUGACUGAAGCAGAUCACAAAAAUGGCGCGUAAGCCUGACCAAUUUCAAUAUUGCAUUAUUUUCUUUUACGAUAUAUUGGUGUUUUAUUGUCAUUGUGAUAGGGCGACCAAAGCCCUCGUGAAACAUAAUAAAUCUCAGAGAAACAAAGAUUAGUUCCUGUUCCAUACAAGAGAAACAUAUUUUCCAUGGCGAUAGAAGACAAUAUUAAGGACACGUGGUUACAAGCUGCUUCAAUUUUACUGUGACAGCAGAAAUCAUUAUUAAGGAAGACAAUGCAAGGGUCCACACCGUCUGCGGCAAAUUGUCGUCAUAUUCACCAGAUAGAAGACAGUAGUCGUUGUGGCAGGAGUCUACAUGUACAUAUAUAUGGGGGAAAAAAGAAAAAAACGUCAGCAUACAAUGUGUUGACACUGACGAAAUGGCAAAUGUGCACCAUGCAGUACUCAGGACCUAGCGAGUGUUGACCACCAAGAUAACCAUGACGACAUGCAUGUACUGUAUAUGUUUGUCUUAUUUAAAAAGAAACGAUUAGACCUACAGAAUUGUAGCUUAUAACCUGCCCGCCGCUGAAUUAUUCGCAUGCUCAGGAAAUCGUACCAAGUGACGUCUAAGACACAAUGAUGACAUGUACAGAUGCACAGUACAUUUUCACAUAAUGUACUGUGUUAUUCUAUGAAUAUACCCAUGUCAAAUUUUGUUUUGCGUAUUUACCCAUGUAA